UCGAACAGAUCGUGCGUCGUUCGGUGUCGUUUGACGUUCUUCAAAACGCGAUUGUUGUUUAUAAUUUUUGCAAUUAGUGAUUAUUAAUUUGUACGAUUUUUAUUCAUGCAGUGAGUGGCGCGUUAUUUUGACCUCAAUUAAUAUCGAGUGAGUCAUAGCUUUUGAGAUUUAUUACAUUAUUGUCGUGUAGUAAAAUGGCGUGGUGUAACGUCGCGAGUGUUAUACGUCACGUAAAUUGUUAUAUGAUCGUGUACUGAUUAGUGCGUGAUUACUUUUUUCGUAAAUGAAUAUCAAGUGAGUCAAAUGAAUAUCAAGUGUUAUGAAGGAGCAGGAAAAAAUGAACAAGGGAAAUGAAAAUAACGACCCAUUGGAUGCAUCGUGCGAUGGCGAAGCAAUCAUAUCUCCAUCUCCACUUUUGGGAGGAAUUAAGAAUUUAAUCGACCGGCGUACACUCGCACUGGAAACGCAUAUGCGCACUCCGCGAACGAUUCGGGAGCAAUCCGACAAAAGGCAAUUCCCUCGCUUGCUGUGCAAUGUCAAGGCCGAAAGAUGUUCGACGUCCGACGACGUCUCGACCGGGACCAACCACAAACUGAGGCGCAGAGGAGCGGUCGCACAGUCGUCUUGUCGUCAGAAAGCUUGUUUCGCAUCAGAUCUUUGCGGGGAUGGCUGCCACGAAGAAAUCCGAAACAGACGCGGCGCGGCGUUGGAAAGCGGCCGGCGAGAAUGUCCGCUGGCCUACUGACAAACGGGAGAAAGGAGAGACGAGACGACGAGAGAAGGGAGCCACAUAAGAAGAGAAAAGAGCUCUGGCCGCGUUAUGAAAUCGCGAACUUCUUUCCGACAGUCCACGCCAGACGUUUUUUAAUACUUUUGUUUAAUGGGACCAACAGUCGCGUCUGCAAGCGAUUUCAUCGGAAAGUUUAUUACUUCUCUUUGGUAGGUAUCGUCGGCUUUAUCAAGCAAUGUCUCAUUCUUGUGCCCGUAAGAGAGUGUGAGGUAAGUUGAUCGGGUUUAUAAAUUGCAUCGUAAACGAUUUCGCCGGGAGCAUAGAGAGUAAAGAAGAAAGUAAAAAAGAACUCGUUUCGUGCAUUAUGCUCGUCCGAUUUCAUCGUAAUGCAAUUUUCUUAAGGGGCAAUUAUUCCUUUUGGAAAGUAGUAUAUUUAUUUUCAUCUGGAAAGAUCCCAUAAAUACGAAAAUAAUCGAAAAGUCUCACAUUACAAUAUCUAAUAAAUCCAUUUCUAUCUGUUACGUGAUUCACUUGUCAUAAAUAUACAAAUGUCAUUUUAUAUUAAGCUUAUCAUUGGAAAAGUAGGAGACGAUAAUUAGAAAAUUGUGUCGCAACACAUUUGAUGCAUACGCAUGGAAAGUGAAGAAAAGAACCCGUUAUAUUUCGCAUCACGUCUGAUUUAAUCGUAAUAUAAUUUUAACGAGCAAUUAAUUCUCUAGAUAACAGUAAAGUAUCAAUGUCAAUUCAGGUAGAAACACGACCCGUUUCAUGCACCUGCAAGUGUGAAUCUUAUCGGAAGACAUCGGACGCCUACGCCUGGUCAAUUAAUGGCUUGAAACCGCCGGUGUGCGGUAACACGCUUCUCAAGGGCCGAAAGAAAAGCAGGAGGAAGUUACGUUUAGCUUGUCGCAAUUAACCGCGGGGUAGAUAGGUAGGUAGAAAUGAAGAAUCUGACCCCGAGAGAGUCGUGGGUUGACGAAGCCGAGAUUGAGCGGUAGAACGCGGUAUGCAACGUUUCCGCUUCCCGACGAAGGGAAAACAGCACCGUGUGAGAAACUCGACAGCGUGAUGUAUUUCGCUUGGUAAUUAGAUGGUGCCUUCUUCAAUCUAUUCGUUUCUGAUACUUGAUGAACCUUGAUCGUAAACUUCUCUUCUUGAUCGUAAACUUGAAUUAAUGAUAUAUC